UGUGAGAUAGUUGACAGGGUAGUCAUCUUGAUAUGGGGACUAGUCAGAGAGUGGCGAUUGUUAAAAAUUGGAUACCAUGGUUUAAAUCAAACAGAAUAUGUAGAGAGAGAUUUUAUUAAGUACAACCUGGUUGACUGGUCUCAUCAUUUGUAGUCAUUUGAACUAGAGAAACCUGUUCUAGAGUGUUCUUAUUUAGAUGUUUUUCCUCACCCAUCUUGAGUGUUCUUGUUCUGUCUUAGGAUAUGGUCUACCAGAUGACAUUGUGAUAGAAAAGAGGGGCAAAGGUGACACUUUUGUGGACUGCACGGGUGCUGAUAUUAAAAUCUCAGGCAUAAAAUUUGUUCAGCACAAUGCUGUAGAGGGAAUCUUAAUCGUUCACCGUGGUAAGACUACGCUGGAAAACUGUGUGCUGCAGUGUGAGACGACUGGAGUCACAGUGCGGACGUCAGCAGAGUUUCUGAUGAAGAACUCGGAUUUAUAUGGUGCCAAGGGUGCUGGUAUAGAAAUCUACCCUGGGAGUCAGUGCACCCUGAGUGACAAUGGGAUCCAUCACUGCAAGGAAGGGAUCCUCAUUAAGGACUUCUUAGAUGAACAUUAUGACAUUCCCAAAAUAUCCACGGUGAAUAAUAUAAUACAUAAUAAUGAAGGUUAUGGUGGUGUCUUGGCGAAACCUACAAUCUUCUCUGAUCUGCAAGAAAAUGCUGAAGAUGGAACAGAAGAAGAUAAAGCACUUAAAAUUCAGGCAAGUGGAGAGCCAGAUGUGGCUGAAAGAGUGGAUCUAGAAGAGCUGAUUCAGUGUGCAACUGGCAAAAUGGAGCUUUAUGCAAGAACUGACCCUUCUGAGCAAGACCUGGAAAAACUGAAAGCUUCCCACAUUGAUUGCAUUUACAGUGGUUCUCUUCAGUGUGAGUUCUCUGAUGGAUUUGCAACAAAUUGCGAAAAUCAAAGGCUUUCCACGUACUGA